UCCCUCAGCGCGUCCUGCUGUGCGCAGCGGGUAAAGUUGGGCGUUCACUUACCGUCCGCAUGACAUCACCUCGAAAGGGAUUUCUCACACUCGGCCAGUCCCCUAUAAAUCCGGCUGUUAUCUCCAACGCUGGAGUCACUGAGAGCACAGCCGCUGCUAUCAAACACGGGACGUCUCGAAAACGGUCUAGCCUGUUUCUACCGCCAUGUCUUCAUACUCUCGCCGCGUCAGUCCCGCCGUGAGCGGCGUCAAGUUUGACACGGCGCACCGCAAGAAAGCGUCGCCGAACAUCUUCGAGAACGUCAACCAAGACGUCCUGGUGAAACUCUUCGAGAAAGCAGGAGACCUGAAGGCGGUGGAGAGAGCCUGGAGCGUCCUCGCGCUGCACCAGGAUCCCGAGGGCAUCUCCAAAGCGCUCAUGGCUCUUCAGCAGGACAAGAAGGACAAAUGUAUGCUCAUUACCGGACUGACGCGCCAGUCGCUGAAGUUUCGUUGAGGGAAGUUUUCGUUGGGAAGCUGUGCAGAUGUGUGCACGGAGAAAGAAACCGUGAUCACUUAUGCUGGAGCCUGGUGUUCCUCAAGGCUUUGUACUGAACUUGUGAUGAUGUCCUUACAGAGUCAUGCUGGCGUGCUGUGAGAAUACAGAGAGAUGAGACUGGACUGAUCCAGAGCUAGAAAGUUGAGCUUAAAGACACCAUGGAGAACAUUUGAAACAUGGACUGAUGCCAUGGGUCAAAUUUGCUUAUGAAGAGAUUCAGUAUCAGCAGUGUCUAUUGCCAUGUAACAGUCUGCUUGGAAAAAAAAUAAUAAUAAAAUUGUUUUGAUCAUCUCAUGAUUCUUCCUUUUUCUUAAAAUGUGUUUUCCUUGAGUAUGAGUCAACACUCGGAUAAUAAAAUGAGUGAAAUAUUUAUAAAUAUUGCUGAAAGCAUUUAGUGAAUGGAUGUCUGCAGGGUGGUUUCCAAGUAGUUUGCAGCUCCAUCUGUUAAAUUCAGAGUUGACAAAACAGCCAUAUUUUUUUAUGAGCACAUGCUUUAAAUGUAUUUGAUUU